UGUUAUUGAUUGAAGAAUGCUCAAAAUUUUGUUCUGAAUGGCAACCAUUCCUUUAGAGCUUCCUAGUGUGGACUUGUAUUAUGACUUUUCCAAGAAGACAGUGUUUUAUAUAUCGUGUGAAAGAAACCUUUUUUGUGUACACGUAGAAGAAGAUAACUUGUGUCUGCCCUCACUUGUUCCAGGGGAAUCUAGCGAGGUAAAAGUUUCAAGUGAUCCUUUGCGAGUUACCUCGUCUUCAGUGACGGGUUAUGAAGACCUUUUGUCCGUGGAUGGGUCUACAGAAGACGACGCUCUGUAUGUUGGUUCAAGUUCUGGAACCAUUUUUCAAGUAGACAAAAGUUCUGGUCGAACAGUAAGUCAAUGGACAGUCAAUAAUAGUAAGGAUGACGCAGUCGUUCUGAAAGCCUUGAGAAACAUGUUGGUUGUCGGUUAUGAUAGUGGAAGAGUAAGGCUGUGGGACAACCGACAAACGAAGAAACCAGUUUAUUCCUAUCGUGGGCACGGUGACAGUGUAACAGAUAUUAUAGUUAGAGAACCAAAAGAUACUUUGGACGUGAACACAGUUUUAUCGUCUGGUGGUGAAGGAACUAUAAGCGUUUUCGAACUUCGUAGCUCAUCAACGCCAAUCGUAACAGAAAGUGUUCGAGACGAGAUAACGUGCUUGGGUUUGAUAAAGAAUGGUUCUGUUGUAGUUGGUGGAACUUUAGAGGGCGAUCUGAUAAUGUUCGAAUGGAGAUUAUGGGAUAAGUUGCUUGAUAACUGUAAAGGUCACCCUGAGGCGAUAGGAGAUAUGUGUAGUGUAGAUAACGAUACACUCUUGACGGGUUCAGAUGACGGCUUACUUCGGUUGGUUAAUAUACAUCCCAACCAAAUAAUUGGAGUCGUUGGAGUACCAUUUGAGUUGCCAAUAGAGAAACUUAUUCUAGAACCGGUUUCCAAGACAUUGAUUUGCAGUUCAUACGAGUCAUUUGUUAGAUGCUUCGACGCUUCCUGUUUAUAUGAACAAGACAGCUCAACAGAUAUUAUGAAAGAGACAAUCGAUACUAGUGUCAAAGACAAAAAGCGCAAGUCAUUCUUAGGCAAGAGACGUAAGGCAACCUUUGGCAAUGAAACGAUAUCUUCUUUCUUUGAUGACUUGUCAAAUUGAGAAUUCUAGUGAAUGUUUAUUACAAAUAUAAUAGAGUG